AUGCUAUGGUCGACAACUAAGGUUGAUGUCCAGACUCAAAUCUCAGAAGGAGAUGUGGUGCUCAGUCUAGGAGUGGACUUGUUGACAAAGGCAACGAUAGAUCUGAUGGGCUCCCAACUGGUAAAGCUACAAGCACACUUUGACUUACAACAUGGGUCUAGGAAACAUGCUCCAUAUGAUGUAAGCUUAGGGGUUCAUCAAAAUAAUUGUGGCUCGACUCCAAUAUUAGAUGCUUUGGAUGUGAUAAAGGUUAUGAUAGACGACAUCGAUAGUAGAUAUGAAAAUUUUCCUCCUCCUGUGAUGACAAAAGAAGUUUCUAACCUACAAGGGGAGGAACAAAGAGCGAAGAAACAAAUUCCAACCACAAGUUUGGUGCCAACAACUGCAAGGGCUGGUACAAACAAGAACAUACCCAACCAAACAUCCAACAAGGCGAGGCCGAUUGAAUAUCUUCAUGAUUGCUUGAAGACCAACCAAGUGGUUAACAUUGUAGCCGAUUCUGGGAUUUUGCUAGUCGGGACAUGA